AUGGCUUCAGCCACAAGUAUUUUGAAAUGUGAUCCCUCCUCCAUCACGUUCUCUCGCGAUGGACAACCGCACUUUUCCGACAAGAACACAGAAACGGCCAUCGACAUCGCAGCGCGACAACUCACCGAAUCACUGACACCUGUGGUCGUUCCGACUGAAACCGUGUACGGUCUUGCAGCAGUUGCGACGGACACCGAUGCUGUAUUUCGUAUCUUCUCCACGAAGGGUCGACCUGCCGACAACCCUCUGAUCGUUCACGUCUCAUCUCCCGCCAUGCUCUCCACACUGCUACCCAAGAACUAUGCUAUUCCCCCUUCUUAUCGUAUAUUAAUGAACCGCUUCUGGCCCGGUGCUUUGACUCUACUGUUUCCAAGAGAGCCAAGCAGCGUGCCGGAUAUUGUCACUGCAGGUCAACCAACAGUUGCUGUAAGAAUGCCUUCGCAUCCCGUGGCAAGAGCUUUGAUCGCGAAGGCAAACAUACCCCUCGCUGCCCCGAGUGCCAAUUCAUCUGGAAAACCUAGCCCUACACGCGCAGAUCACGUUUAUCGUGAUCUUGUGGGCAAAGUUCGCCUGAUCUUAGACGGCGGCCCUUGCGACAUCGGCUUGGAAAGCACGGUGGCGGAUGGUCUGCACCCUGAUGGUGACAUUCGGAUCCUUAGACCAGGUGGUGUCACGGUGGAGGAUAUCGAAAAAGCGCUCGAAGAUAGCAAGUACGAUCUCGGAAGAGUGCCUAAAGUUCUCGUCCACAAACGCGACUAUGCCGAUACCACCAUAGAACAAGUCCCUACAACACCGGGCAUGAAAUAUAGACACUACUCCCCUUCAAUACCAGUAAUCCUCCUCCUCACUCACUCCCAACCCCCUCCCGAUCAAACACCCAUCGACGCCGCGUCUUAUUUCGCGACCCUUGCAGAACGACUCCCUGGGUCAGAUAUACGGAAAGCAGGUCUUCUUUUGUUAGACGAUUCAACACUUUCACAUCUGACCUUGCCAACAAAUAUCGAGUGGCUCCGUUUCCCUCUUGGUUCCUCCGCCGACCCUGCUACGAUCGCCCAGAGGUUAUUUGAUGGGAUUCUAACUUUGGAACGUGAAGGUGUUGAGAUCAUAUUCGUGGAGGAAGUAGAUCAGGGCAGGGAAGGACUUGCAGUCAUGAAUCGAAUUCGAAAGGCAGCUAGUGAAGCCCACUGGAUAAGUAGACCGCUAAAUUCGCCUUGA